AUGGGCGACUUUCAAUCAUUUUCGACAUAUUCCGCUGAUUUCUCAGCGACAGAACUGAUCAACCGACCCGAUAAGACAUAUGCCGUCAAAGGCCAAGCCGAAUUCUUGGCUGUCGCCGUCGCACUCGAUGUCCCAAUCCUCAGUGCCCAGAACAAUGUCAUCGCCAGCAUGAAUAUCCUUUCAGCUGGUGCAGGCGCUUCAUUCGCAGUGUUUGCAUCAGCUGAAGAACUUAGUCUUGAUGCAGAUGAGGACUUUAUCAAUGCGACACCCGGAGUACGCGAUUGGAUUCAGAAAGCGAAGGAUAGCCAGAAGUUUCGACGAUAUGUGACUAAAAAGAUUGUUACCUCUCAAGGAGUCGCGAGUGACUCGCCUCAGCUUGCCGCUGCCAUCAAUGAGAUACGAGUUCUAUCAAAUGAGACGAUUCGACAAUGCGACUUUAUUGUUUCGAUGCUAGCCAUUUCGUGGAGCGAGUCGCCCAGUGUUGGACGAUUCUGGCCACAGGUCUUGCUUGAAGCUGCUGAUGAAGGGACUUUGACGGAGUAUCUCUCUUCUAACAAAGUCGACUUCAAGUCCCAAUUGGCAAUAUCCAUGAACAUCGGUCGCGCGCUCCAGUUUCUCCACGCGCAUGGGAUCGUUCAUGCUGAUCUAAAGCCAACGAAUGUGCUCGUCUUCACAUCCGGCCUGGACGAACACCAGCAUGAUCUCCUCGACAAAACUGGUCUUCCACCAAUCCGGGCCAAACUUUGCGACUUUGGGUAUGCGGUGAUCCUAGACGAUUACAAGUCCGAAAAUCUAUUCCAGGCGAGAAUCGGUAGUCUUCCUUGGAUGGCACCCGAGCUCGAUGCAGAAGAGCCGAUCAGAUUGGAGGAUCUUCACAGAACAGAUAUCUACUCACUGGGACUGCUCACUGCCAGCAUUUUCAUGAACGGCCACACGCCCUUUGAGUCAUUGAGCUCGGGAGAAGUGUUAGAGAUCAAGACGAGACCACCAGAACAGUCAGGAUCGGCAGUCGCAACACUCAUAGAGGACAUCAAAGAGAAAACAACUCUCACAGAGCAGCAGGAAGAGUUCGUUUACGCUUUUCUCGAGGGAACUUGCGCACCUUCACCCUCGGACAGGGUGUCAUUAUCGGCGAUACAGAGUUACCUUUUUCUGGGACUCAUGCAACAGCUUCAUACUGGAAAGGCAACCAUCCCGUUGGAGUGGUUCAAGGAUCUACGACCUGCAGCAGACGGAUACAAGGAUGCUCUGGCUGCGCUUGAGAAGAAACAUUCAGGAUUGAUAAAUGAAAUAGACCAAGACGAAAUGUUGAUCCAACUCCGGCAAAUGUACGACGAAGUCAUAUCCAUCAAGAUCAACAACCCAGAGUUUGAGAAAAUGCUCGCAACUUGUUUCGAAGACCACAGCCUCAAGCCAGCUAGUCUGAAGAAGUUUAAGAAGAACUGGAAGCCGGACGGGGAUACUCAAGAUAGUGAGGCCUUCAUUUCUCGGAUGGAAGAGAUCUUUGAUGGAGCUAUAGCCAAAGUCCCUGAUUUUGCAUUCGAGCACACUUUGAACGUAUCUCUCAUCCCCAGAGUGGCCCAAGAAGAAGCCUUUCGAGAUUUGAGGGAGAGCGUUGAGUCAGGGGAUGUACAAGACUCUGCUGCGCCACUUCACCUGGCUGGGGCAUAUCUCAAUGGACAACUUGUCGAGCCGUCAACAAACAAAGGUCUGGAACAUCUCGUGAGAGCAGCAAUGAUGGAGAACUCAGAAGCCUUAUCGGUCAUACUAAACAUCUUCGACGCAUGCGAUACGUCUUUACCAUCACAGAGCGAAACCGAGUUACUAAGAAAGAUUGAGUCUUAUGGAACCAAGACAUUCGGCCUUGCCCAAGGAACACUUUUUGACCAUUUAGUCCCUAAGCAUCUCUCAACGAAUCAGGUCCUCGGUAAGAUCUGGACUCGCAAGUGGCCAGAGAAGUACGAAGCAUAUCUCGCAACUGAGCGCAGAUUUCCUAAUAUGUUUCUCCUCCAUUGCAAUAGUCCUUUGUUCCUGAAGGAGAAGCCAAACAUGGACACUCCAGUAUUCGACUUUGAUCGUCUUGCGUGCCUCAAAGAUGCAGGAAAGGAAAACAUAGACCCAGAAAGGACAGGUGAGUUUAAAGAGGAAGUCACUCGACUUGACUGUCUCAACUGCUGCAAUAAGGAUGGUUUCACGCUGCUUCAGAUCGCAACUGUUAAGAACGAUCUUGUCAUGGCGCAUGCUUUAGUUGAGCUUGGCGCUGAUGUCAACGCAUACGGCAACACUCACGGCUGGGUACCAUUACUUCUAAGCUGCCACUGCGGCCAUUUCGACAUGGCAAAACUCCUCAUCGAUAACGGUGCUGACCCCACCAUUCGAGAAAGUCUCCACGGAGCUACGAUCCUUCACUCCCUAACCCAGUUCUCCAAACGCGAGUACUGCGAGGAGAUAUUAGACAUUGCCUUAUCGGCCGGACUUGACAUCAAUGUCCCUAUGAAGAACGGCGCAACUCCACUUCACACUACAUUUGCGGCGUGGGAUUAUUCUCGAGGAGUGGCGACUGAGCUGUUGCUGGAGUAUGGAGCAGAUGCGACAAGACAGGUCCAAGGAUGGGACGGCUUCUUGAACUUCGAUACCGCAAUCACUCAUGCAGCGCAACAGCUUGACGUCGAUCUCCUACGAAGAAUGUUAGCUGCCUCAGAGGCCUUGGUGGCGAUUCUAGGGUUGUCAGCGCAACGUCAACUCAGCGAUGCCAAGGCUCAGGCACUCAGUGCUCUUUUCCGAAGAACGCGCUUCUACUGUAUGUGCGUCGGAGGUAAAGGGUACAAAGGAAAGUUGGAGACUGUAAUUUCCCUCCUAGCUGAUGAAGACGCCCGCUCGGUGUUGAUUGAGCGACGACGAGUGGAUAAGAAGCAACCGACAGAUCCCUUCUUGACGAUGUGCACUUUCAGAGGAUCCGGUUUCUUUGUCGAUGCAUUUCUGAAAGUCUUUCCAGAUACUGUCAUCGAUGAUCCUUCGUGGAACCUACCGAGACUGUUUCUUCAUGUCGCCAUUGAGAGGAGAGACAUCGAGGCAGUGCGGGCUUUCGUCAGACAAGGUGCAGAUAUCCUCACCAAGGAGAGAGGAGGGAGGAAUGCGCUUCACUUUGCAGCGCACUACUUCCCCAAGAUCCUGCCAGAGCUUAUCAAGACACUUGAAGAGUUCCCUUCAGAUAGACGACAGGGGAAGAGUAUGACAGGGAUAUUGGAGGAACAGUGUAACUCAGGGCUCACGGUCUUUGCUCAACUUUUAGUCGAGGGUUAUGACGAUGAACGAAAGCUGGCAGAGACUCUACGUGCUAAGUACUCUCUGAAUCAUGACUAUAAGAUGCAUCGAGAUGGUAGUUGGGUGACAUUCGGGGGCUAUCUCGUCUCACUCGCUGUUGCUGAUGGCUUGGUACCGGUUGAGCAUAUCCAAUAUCUUCUGAAACUUGAUCCACUUCCAGAAUAUGCAACUACACCAACGGGAAAGACCUUAUUAGCGACAGCUAUCGAAGGCUUUUCAGGAUCUCGGGACUCGUAUGAACUUGCAUGUCAUCAGAUCACAAGAAUGCUCCUAGCGAAGUACCCAGAUUUCGAUGACGUCUUCCGUGUCACCGAUGAAAGAGGCCGAAGCUCUUUACAUAUCGCAGCUUACUGGUCUAACAAGACCGCUCUGCAAAUGAUCAAGGACCAUGCACAACGGCAUUUUCCCAACAAGAACAAUCCAUGGAAUACAGUAGCAAGCGGCAACACUGUCUUGGAUCACGCCUUACUCGGCAUCAAGGAGAAGUCACUUCCAACGCUUGACACUGAAGUCAACAAAGUCGCCACACGGUCGACUAGGAAAGCUGCGUUGGCGUGCUAUGUGUUCUUGCGUGAGAAUGGAGCGCUGCAUAAUUGGGAGUUGGACGGGUCUUUGGUAGCGGCACGGUUAAUCAUGUACACGCCUGACUUUCAGAAGAUCGGCCUUUUCUUGAGACUUGCGACACAGAGACUUGGGCUGGGUUCACCAGACGUCGACUUGGACAGAUGUGUCGAGGUCGGCGCUACCACCAGCCUCGAUGGAAGACUUAUCCGAGUUCCAGUCGUGGACCUGAUAUGGAAAUAUGACAAUUUUAUCCUCCGAUUCUAUUCCGUUCGGAUCUCAUCUCUUGCCGUUGAAGGCCUCCGUCAAUUCUACGGUUGGCUCGAGAAAAGACUGACAGAGACUGAACCACGUUGUUAUGAGAGUUUAGGGUUACCCGCCGGACUUUGGCCGUUUAUGACUCUCACCUACGACCAACCCAUACCUUACGCAAAAGACACUAUGCGCUGGACCCGAAGCGGCCGCAUUUGGACCGAAGAAGAACGCGAUAGCCUGAAAGCACAAUUUUCUUCACUGUGGGAUAUUUUCUUUGGAGAGGUUGAGGAGCAGUUCUUGUCUAGGUUUGAGAUGGCUUAAUUCCGUGGCGGAUUUCCAGAUGCGGUAAUUCUUAGACCCGUUAGUGCCGCCGUCCGUCUAUCUCCG